AAACUAUUAAAAAAUAUUCUACCUGUAAAAGCUUGGGGCACUAUCAGGCUGACUGGGGGGUUACCCUCAGUUGAUCUAUGGACUCCAAGGGAGGUAUGCAUAUUACAAUGACUCGCUUAGAAUCACCCAUGUCCACCCUCCAUGUCUUUUCAGCUUGCCCCAAUCCAUUUAUCAAUAAGCUGCUUUACGCGUCUCUCUACUUCGUAGUACUAUCUGCUAUACCCAUGCACAGGCUCUGAGAUGCCGCGGCACUCUAACACCCUCAAGUCACUCGAGUAUAAUUUUCAUGCGAUGUUCAGGCGUUUAAGGAGACGCGGCACUCAGGUACCAGCAGAUGGGAAUCCACCGAGGACUACGCUCCCAGCCCAAUCUGAAGCCAGCCAUCCAACUACCAAAGCAACUGAUUCUUUCAACAACCCUGUGAACUCACAGGAGGAAGUUCCUGAAGUGGGCGAGAAUCCAUCGAGGACUACGUCUGUAGUUGAACCCAAACCCCAUCAUCCGACUACGACGGCUGUGAACCUUCUGAGCGAUCCUCUAAGCUUGCGCGAAGAAGCUUCACCGGCAGCCAAUCCUACAAUACGAACCACAGUAGCCCACAGUGGCAAUCAAAUAAUAGGGUCGAUCGAGGAUGCUCUCAGCAGUGCUGACAGUAGUGGAAGUUCGACUUCCUCACGUCCAGCCACUUCGCCGGCAGAGCCUCGAAUCGCACAACAAUCACAUACAUCAGCUCCCAAGCUAGACAAGUACAAAAUUUCAUGGUGGGAUGAUGCAUAUGACCGCCUGAAAUACAAAAGGCCUGAACUGCUGCGCUUGUACGAAUUGAUCCUUUCCGGUUACUUAUCUCGCAGAGUGCGAUUUAAAUCACCGCUUCGGUUGUUACCUGAGGCUGUAUUAUCUCAUAACAUCAUCGACCAGGAAGUUCGGUUAGCUAGACAGGUUCAAAUGAAGGAUAUCAUUGAGCUAUGGUUAGGUCAACGUCACCAUGGCGAAGACGACGAGUCCGUUCAAAAUAGCGUGUCGUCUCAAAAGCAAAGUAGCACAUCUGAUGCAGAGUCCACCAGCAACGAGUCUAUGAACAGCGCUCAGUUUAUCGAAGAUAUAAUGCGAUUAUCUAUUCAAGAAUCACCACAUACGUCUCUCAUAUGGAUGGCAUCCUGUCUUGCUGUACACGGCUUAUUACACAUCGAAUCUCAACAGAAGCCCACGCAUUCAGAUAUGAUUUCGGUUAUAUCGAGGAUAGAAUGGUACAUUAAUCUGUCUGAGCUUUUUGGUCACCAGAAUGAUGAUGAAGCUGAGCCUUCUUCGAACAACUCAGUAGCUGCCCUCAUUAAUUUGUACGAGGCUAUUCUCGCGUAUGAAAUUCUUUUCGUGUGUGGACUUCAUGAGGUCUCUACACGAGAGGACCUGCUAUUACAGCUCAGUGAGUACUACAUGGAAAUAGAAAUGAGGGAAAAUGAACUUCGAAAUAGCUUCGACCGUCAAAAUUUGAGGAACUCAAUUACUCGAGUUUUUAAAGCCAGUCAGGCCAAGUCAAUUUUAGACACAGAAUCACCGGCCUCAAACAGGAGGGAGCUGGAGAACUUACUGAGAAAACUGCUCUACAGCCGCUCAUCACCUCUCAAGAGGGAUGUGGAAAUAACAAUGCCGUGGCAGAUGGAUCAGCAACUCGAUGCUUCGCUACAAAGUGAUCAGGGACACACUCUCACGCAGAUGUAUGAGUGGGCAUACGGGACGGAAGAAUAUAAGAAUUUUACUGACUGGAGUCCUACAAACCCGUGUCGUAUACUUUGGGUGCACGGCGAUCCCGGUUCCGGCAAGACUCUGCUGCUACGAGCCUCUGCACGGAAGUUAUCACAGCAAGAUGAGAGCCACUCCGAUCCUAUCAAGCCCCACGUGGCGUAUUUCUUCAGUCAGGACGGUGCUCCUCCUCAAGAAGGAGUUUUGUUCCUCGUCAAAAGUCUUAUAGCACAUGUUCUCCACCAACAGCCCUCUCUCAGUCGACACUUGACACGCAAGUUCGAGAACAUGAAGAGAACACUCUACGACAACAUCAACGACUUUUACGCCAUGUCGACUGUUUUCUACAGUUUGAUUGGUGACCCCAAAUUCUCUCGAACAUACUUUGUGGUCGACGCAGUCGACCAAUUCACAAUUCGUGAAGACGAGCUCUGUCCAACGGAUAAGAUAGGUUCUAGGGGCCGUAAAUCCGAUUGGGGUCUCAGUAAUCUAUACACUCUAAUUUCUACGUCAGUACGAAUCUCGGACAACGUUCGUUGGCUGUGUUCUUUUGAUCGAGACGGAGGUGAUGCAUAUUUAGGCUCUAAAGGCACAGAGAUGCAACUUCAUCUUACCAUUAGCUCAAACUUAGCACAGAUUCGCAAAAUCACGCAGGACUAUGCGGCUACCAAAGCCACCAGAAUUGCCAAGAAAUCCGGGUAUAGUAAAUGUCUUGGAAAAGAAUUGGCGAUAAAACUUGGGGACAUAUCUCAAGGCAAUAUGAUGUGGCUAGAUAUGGCACUUGACUUCGCGAUUGCGACGGCAUCUACAUCACCUUGGAAUAUUCCCAAGAUUCUCACUGAACUCCAUCAACUCGCACCGAACAUUUCGUCCCUAUAUUCUUUGAGCAACGCGGUCAUUAAUAGUAGGAACAUGGGACCUAAUGAGACCUCCGAUGAUAAUAUCACAAAGCUCAAUACUGUCGUCAACUGCUUGAAGAUACCGGAUCAAGAUUAUUGCAACAGAAUUCUUGCCGCAGUAGCCGUCGCAUAUAGACCUUUACUCGUUUCUGAGCUAGUUGAUAUCAUAGAGUUGCCGCGAACAGUGGACCCAGUCAUGCUUGUCCACAAUAUGCUGUCCUCGUUUCUAACGAUAUCCCAAGAAACGCUUCACUUUAGGCACUCAUCUGGGAAGGAUUUUAUUCGCGACAAAAUGAAGGAAUCGAAUCUACUGAAACAACAACAUUCGACUAUGACGAAAGGAUGCCUCAAUGUACUCCUAAGAAACCUCGAAUAUCCACCGGAAGACACAUUCGUCGGCUAUGCUACAAUAUUUUGGAUCAAGCAUUUGUCGGAAAUGGACAAUCAAGACACAGAGGCAUUGACUUUGGCUCGCAAGGUGCUCAACGAUAACCUGCUGCAAUGGCUCAAGGUCUUUGACUCUCAAGAUUUACUACAUGAAACUCUAGACAUGAUAGCCGAACUUAAUGUUGCGCUUAAUGCUGGGCUCCAGCAACCUUUAACCAAAGAUGCCAUUGAGGUGUUCAAGAGCAUACAAGAUGUCACAAAGUUUAUGCGAUUCCACGAAACCCAGAAGAGUUUGUACUCGGGAAAUACCCUUAUCACAACCGAAAAUAGCCUUUUGUUUUCUCCAAGUGAGAACCCAGUUAGAGAGAGGUUGUUGCCUAAAGAGUUCCCAUGGCUUCUUACACCGCCCGUAAUUGAGCUGGACCGCCAUGGCGAUAGCCCACGCCAUGUCAUGGAACACGAAGACUGGGUCCGCGGUUGCUGCUUCUCUCCCGAUGGAGCGCUUGUGGCAUCAUCUUCAGACGACUAUUAUGUGCGGCUAUGGGACGUGAAGACAGGUAGACUACAGCAUGUACUUGACGGCUUUGAAGGCUACGUAUAUCGCGUAGUGAUGUCGACUACGGGGCCUGAUGGUAGCGCUCUAAUCGCAGCUUUCGAAACCGAUCUUAUUAAUGUUUGGGUACUCUCGACGGGUGCACUGCUAAUUCGGUUGCCAGAUAUCAUAAAGAAAACACGUGCGGCUUUGGAGGAUGGGCGAACUACUGGCAACCCAGACAAGUUCGACUCAGGCUGCAUACAUGACAUUUCAAUAACAUCAGCAGGAGAUAGGUUGGCUGCUGCAGUGGGGAGCGCUGUGGUUGUAUGGGAAAUCCCCAACUUUGACAAAGUCUGCGUGUGGCUAGAAGACGACAACGAGAUAAGAUGCAUCAGGUUCUCGCCGAACGGUAGCCGUCUCGCCUCCAGCAACGUCGCUUUGGAUAUAAUAAUCUGGGAUACCAAGACUGGUCGACCGAUUCACAGACUGCCAGACAGGGGAUUGCAGUUAAACGAUUCACCCAGCGAUGACCCAAGCCGCGGAGAAUCGGCUAACAAGAUAAAUGAAGAUGGGAUGUUCGCAAAUACCAGUUAUGGAACGCCGCCCAUUAACAUGACACCCAGUCACUCCGACAUUAUUGAUGGACUUGCAUUUUCGCCAGAUUCGAAAUUCCUUGCGUCGGGCUCGGACGACACAACAGCGCGCAUCUGGGAUCUUGAUGCCCGCAAAACGCGAGUAGUACUAAAAUUCCACAGCAGCUAUAUUAAUAGCGUGUCGUUUUCAUCCGAUGGGACUCGUCUAGCUACGGGAUUAGGUGACAGUACCAUUGCGAUCUGGAAUCAGAAGUCACCUGGAGACUGGGGCAGCGACGAAGUGCUAACACAACCUGGCCAAGUUCUAAAGGGGCACUCGGACGCGAUAUGGACAGUCGCCUUUGCGCCCCAUGGCAGCCGUUUGGUGUCAUCGUCUCAGGAUGGCAACGUCCGGGUCUGGGAUACAAGCGCGACAGCUGAGUCGAGUGGCGAGGGACGAUCGGAUCGGUCGACGGUAAACAUUGCGGUCGAUAAUGGACCAGGACAUAGACAGUCCGUUGGUUGCUUAGCUAUUUCCCCUGAUGGCAAAUUCAUCGCGUCCGCGUCAACGGAUGGUGUUGUCUGUCUCUGGGAUGGCGAGACAGGCAUUCGGCGGAGUACAUUCAACAAGGUACACAAAGCACAGGUCACAUCGAUGGAGUUCUCGCCAAAAGGAGGGCUUCUGGUCUCGACUUCAUCUGACAGCACAGCGAUUGUCUGGGACAUUAAAUCCGCUGGUCGGAUAAACACGCCCAAGCUUCACAUUAAAUGGCAUAGCAACUGGCUACGAGAUGCUACCUUCUCUCCCAAUGAAGACUUCCUAGCGACGGCCUCCGACGACUACUGUGUGGCUCUUUGGGAUAUGUCUGCCGCCGCUCUUGACCCCAGCCUAACGUCCAAAGAUCAUGAAGAAGAUGAAGCGAAUCAACUUCCCCAAGAGAUCAAGCCGAUUAGGAUAUUUAGAGGCCAUUAUGACUAUGUCUAUAGUGUAGCAUUCUCACAUGAUGGAAAACGUUUAGCGUCGGCUGGUGAUGACCUUCACGUCAUGAUCUGGAAUCUAGUUGAUGAAGACAAAAACGAACCGGAAAGCAACAUGUCCGACGAGCGUAAGAUUCGCGACUAUAUACGUGCAGUAAUGUUUUCGAAGGACGGUAGCAAGGUGGUAUCAAUCUGCACCGAUGGAACUAUGGCUGUCUGGAGUCCCGGUUCGCCACCAGAGAAGCAGUGCCGUCUAUUGGACACCAUAUCCAACCCUUUCCAAUCUAUGCGUAUGGAUACAGACUACCCCGACGUCUUCGUGACGGAAUUAGGGGCAUGGAAAUUUGACAUCAGCGACGCGGCACUCGAGGAAACAACGUCGAUCCUAAGGGGCCGGCCCGAGUGGUCCCUAUUCAGCAUCAAUGAAGAACGCAAUUGGAUCACCUGGAAAGGACAGAACUUGAUAUACCUACCUAACCAAUUUCGUCCCUCUACCGAUAGACCUUACACCUGUAGGGUUAAAGGUAGAAGCGUAGUGAUAGGUUCCUCUCAAGGCCAAGUUUUGCUAUUCAGGUUCUCAGACGACGCGAAUUUGUUAUUAGAGAAAUAUUUUCGUAACGGUGUAUAACGUAGGUUGACGGCCUUGCAAAGUCCGAUAUUAUGAUAUCUGUCCUGCGCAGUUAGGUAUGGUGGUUUAGGUUCGAAUCUUUUCGCUGGUGGCCUUUGGAGUGCGCUACUUACUUGCAGGCAUUGUUGAAAGUGAUGAUAAAGACUUCGCUUCAUGGAACAAGCCAAUGAGACCAAGGCGAUC